UUUGAUUUCUUGGAACCGAGAGAUGUAACGGGACUAGCUACUAAAGGCGGAGACAACGGAUGGGUGAAAACUUACACUGUUGAAUAUUCCCAUGACAAAAUUCAUUGGAACCAGAUAUUGGACAGGACACAUUCGGAGAUUAUUUUCUUAGGAAACUACGACAAUCACAUGCCGCACGUGACCAACUUUGAGCUACCGAUAAAUGCUCGAUAUAUCAAAAUCAUACCUAAACAGUGGGAAAAUAACAUUCAAAUGAGGGUGGAGUUACACGGAUGUUUCAAACCUUACCCAACCAUCACAACCACAACACCAUCUCCAAUGAAAACUGUGGCCCCAAGCCAAUGCAACUAUUGUCCAGGUGUUGAACAAAAUGACAUGGAACUGGAUGCAUGCAGGUGUUCAGUUAAUUUAUGGUGGGAUGGAGAAAAUUGUGUCAAUAGAACCCAAUGCCCCUGUAUGAUGGGAUACAUUCCAUAUGCAGUGGGAUCUAUUUUCGAGAAAGAAGAUUGUUCUCAAUGUGUAUGUAAAAUUGGUGGAGUUUCCCAUUGCAAACCCAAAGAAUGCAGCCCAUGCGAGGAGGGUCUCAAAAGUACAGUAUCUAGUACCUGCUCCUGCAUAUGUCAGCCUUGUCCAUCAAACACAACUCUGUGCCCAACCAGUAAUAUAUGCAUCGAUUCAAAAUUAUGGUGCGACGGAAUACAAGAUUGCCCGGACGAUGAGAUGGAUUGCGCUACAACAACCGAAGAAAUAAUCUCUUCCACUACCAAGUCAACAACUGUCCUUCCAACUACAAAACGACCAAUCGCAACUACUGUUCAGCCAGUAAACAAAUGCCCUGUCGUGACUUGUCGACCAGGAUUCAAGAAAAUUGUGAAGAAAAGGGGCAGAUCAUAUGUAUCCACAAUGAUUUCCGGUAACAGCAGAAAAUCAAAUCGAAAGAUAUACUCACCCAUAAAAUCGAAGUAUAUUCCCAAAAAAGGAGGCAACAAAAAGUUGCAGAGACCAACUCUGGCACCAUUCCAAAACGAAUCCAUUUGUAUAGAAUACAUCUGUGCCCGAUCUAGACCUGCUCCAAAAUACAUACACAGUCCGGAUGAAUGUCCUCCUAUUGUUUGCCAGGUCAACUUCAUUCCUGUUUUUGAAACUGAAUUCACCAAAUCGUCCAAAAUGUGUCCCGAUUAUACUUGCCAUCCACCACCAGAGCCUGAUGCGGUGUGCAAUGUGACCGGAAGAACGUUUAACACGUUCGACAAUGUUGAAUACAAAUACGACAUCUGCAACCACGUUUUGGCAAGAGAUUUGGAGGCUGACGAAUGGGAAAUAUCACUAAAGAAAAACUGCAGUGGUAUAUGCUCACAAGAUCUCAUCAUCCGUCACGGUGAAAAUUUACUAGUCUUGCAUCCAGACCUAUCCGUGGAAUACAAUGGAUACCGUUACACAGUGGAACAGACGAAAAAUAUCGGUGAACAAAGUCAAGACUUCGAAAUUUCCCAAGUGGGAAGUACGCUCCUGUUCAUCUCACGUCAGUACGGAUUUUGGAUAAUAUGGAACGAGGCUGGAGACGUCAAACUCGGUGUCGUUAGAAAAUUGGCGGAAAAAGUUGACGGGUUGUGUGGAUACUUCAACGAUCAGCCGGAAGACGAUAAAAGGAAACCCGAUGGAAGCAUAGCUAGGACUUCGGUGGAAUUUGGGGACAGCUGGGCACUUUCUGACGACCAACCCGAUAUAUGUGAAGCUAGGGUUUGUCCCAUUCAUCUUCAAAAUAAAGCUUGGGAAAUGUGCAAUAAGGUUAAGGAUCAAUCACUAGCAGCCUGUGGAAAAGUUGUCAAUACAGAUGCCUUCAUCUCACGAUGCUUAGAGACAAUUUGUACCUGUUUGGAACGCUCCGUCGACAACCAUACAGCUGAAGAAGGAUGUCGAUGUCAAGCUUUGCAGUCAUUUGUCGUAGACUGUCUUUCUGCUGACAAUACAAUUGAUAUAUCUGACUGGAGAUUACAACAGGAUUGUCCUGCCACAUGUGAUGCGCCGCUGGUAUAUCACGACUGCUACCAAAGAAAAUGUGAGCCUACAUGCGAAUCAAUCUCUGACCCAAGUGUCUGCCCGAAGGUUAAAAAUGUGUGUUUCCCCGGAUGUUACUGUCCUUCAGGAUACGUCAGAAGAGAAGAGACUUGUAUCAAACCGUCAAGUUGUAGAGAUUGUGAAUGCAAUGUUCUACCCCAUUUGAAAUAUGUUACUUAUGAUGAAAAUAAUUUCACGGUUACUGGCAACUGUGUUUAUGUGAUGUCUCGAGAUCUCCUUCUGGGACAUCAGAAAGAACAUAAGUUCCAAGUUCUAGUUACCAAUCAUCCAUGUCAGAAGAAUAAAGAGAAAAUGUGUGUUGGAAAAUGUUUGAACGUGUUAGAUCCAUCUCUGUUCUUGGAAUGGUGCAGAAAAGAUACAUGUGGAGGCCAUCCGGAACAAUCAUGUGCAGCAAUCGAAGCUUUUGCCAAGGACUGUGCCAGUAAUGGUUUUUGUAUAAAUUGGAGAAAUGAGUUCUGCCCUCCAAAGAGCUGUCCUACCGGCCAAUUUUAUGAUCCAUGUGGAACAAGUUUUCCUGAAACCUGCGAGAGCAUCAAAACAAAAAAUAAGAGUGUAAAGAAACAUGGUAUUCCUCAGGAAGGAUGUUAUUGUCCUCCAGACAAGGUCCUUCGCAAUGAUACUUGUGUAGUACCAAAAGAUUGUAUAGUUUGUGACACAGAAGGCCAUCACCCUGGAGACAAAUGGAAAAAGGACUCUUGUACAAACUGCACCUGCGAGGGAACUUCUCUUAAAUGUGAAACUCAACAAUGCCCUGACCCGUCUACUAUUUGUGAAAGAGGUUAUAAUGCCAUCAAAUUACCAAAAAGUGAAGAGGAAUGCUGUGAUAAAUAUUCUUGUAUACCUGAGCCGACCAGUGCACCGACUUGUGAACCUCCACAGAAAUUAGUCUGCGGAAAAGACCAAAUAUUGAAACUAGAUUCGAAAUUGAACGGAUGUCCAGCAUUUAUCUGCGAAUGUAAACCGAAAGAAGAAUGUGAGCCUAUUGACGAAUCAACAGAUACACCGCCAGAACCAGGGUACUUGAGAGUAAUUGAUGAGAGUAGUUGUUGCCCUGUAUUGAAUUUGAUCUGCAAAAAGGAAACUUGUCCUCUUCCGGAUGAGUGUCCCGAGUUUUAUUCCCAAACCAAGACUACAGACGAGAGUAAAUGUUGCCCUAUUUACUCCUGUGAGCCACCCAAAAAUAAAUGCAUAUAUGAAACCGAAUACAAAGCUGAUGAAAAAGGAGGAGAAAAAGCGCUGACUGAAUUCGAAAUACAAAAAGUCCUCAAGGGAGCCAAUGAAACGUGGAAGGAUGGCCCUUGUAGAGAAUGCAAAUGUAUACUCAACAGUAUGGGAACCUAUCAACCUUCAUGCUCGGUUACUGACUGUCCAUCCAUCAAAAGUCAUCCUGACUACGCCGAAUUCGAACUUGUACACCAAUUGGUGUACGGACAGUGUUGUCCAGACGUGAAACGCUCAGGAUGUAAACACGAUGGAAAAUCUUACAAAAUCGGCGAGAAAUGGACGAACAAAGAUGACUAUUGUACGACCUUCCACUGCGUAAAUUCGACGACGGGGGUCCAGAAGGAAACCAGGGUGAAAAACUGCGACAAAAAAUGCGAUGUAGGAUUCAAAUACUUCGAGGCAUUACCGGAGUCGAAAGAAUGCUGCGGUUCUUGCAAACAAGUGGCCUGCGUAGUGGAGGGUACCGUGAGGCAGAUAGACGAGGAAUGGCAGUCUGAUGAUUUUUGCAUUAAUUACUUCUGCGAUAAAAGCAAUGAUACGAUACAAGUUGCAGCGGUGGUUGUGACAUGUCCAGAUGUGCCUGAAGAUUUAGUCAGAAACUAUGUUAUUCAAACAUCUCCUAUAGAAGGACAGUGUUGUCCUUUACAUACUCCAGUUGCCUGCAAAGUGGAAGAGCGGGAAUACGAGAUUGGUGAAACUUGGCCUUCACCAGACGGAGAUAAAUGUAAAACAUACAAAUGUAUCAAGAAUGCAGACAAUGAGACGAGAAAGCAGGAAUCAGUUGAGACUUGUAAAAAGGAAUGUAAAAAGGGUUUCAAAUACGUCGAAUCAAAUACAACCUGUUGUGGAAGUUGUGUGCAAGUAGCUUGCUUGGUUGAUGGAGACAUAAAGGAUCCAGGAGAAAGCUGGAAAUCUUCAGAUAAUUGUACUACAUUCACUUGCGAUCAGUACAAUGAUCAAUUCUCUGUAGUGUCGAACCAAGAAACCUGUCCUCGAAUUGACUGUCCUGAGGAAAAUACGUAUGUCGAAGGAUGUUGCAAAUUGUGUAACAUAACUUCAUCUUCAAUGGGUACGUACCAUGAAACUUUUAAGAUCAUUUCCUCACUAUUUUCUACGAUUAUUGGAAAAUGCAUAAAUUUUAUGACCGCGUAUGGACAAGGUGGUUCAGAAAAGUUCAAAUUCUUUCUUUUUUCAGGUUCUGGAAUGCAUGAGUCUGUAUGCUCCUGUUGCCAAACCGUGGAAUAUGGAUCAAUAAUGGUGGAACUGACCUGCAAGGAUGGAGAAAAGUUCAAGAAGAGAAUAGCUGUACCGGCAAAGUGUGGUUGCUUAGCAUGCGGCGAAAACUUGAACAAGAAGGGUUAUUCAAAGAAAGCUCCGAUCAAAAUCGGUGGAAUCUGGAAUGUGGGAUGAGAUGUUAGAUAAGAUAAAAUAUUCUUCUUUAUUAUAAUUUAUCAGGUUGAAAAAUAAAUUGUUCAUGAAUGCA